AUGAUGCAACAUCUUGUAAAUCAAAGAUAUGAUAUUAUAACAACACCAGAGAGAUCUUUACCUUCUAGUCCAACACUUUCACCUGCUGUAGUAACUCCUACAAUAGCUACAAGUGAAAGAAAAUCAUGGGAUCCUUCCGCUAUAGAUUUAUCUGAACUGUCUAAACUAUUAGCAGCAAAUAAUAAUAAUAAUAAACCAGCUAGACCCCAAAAUAAACCAAGGCCUCGUUCUCAAUUAUUUCAAUCUUCUAAACCUCCUUCUCCUACACUUUCUACUUGUUCUGCUGAACCUACCUUUGCUCAACAAAGAAGACCUAAUUUAUCAUCAAAUAGAAGACCUGCAAGUACUUGUUCAACUCCUUCACAAUUCAUCUUUAAAAAACCUGAAUAUGAUGAACAAUAUUUAAAAACUCAUUUUCAUAGACAACAACAACAAAAGGAUUUAUUUUUAGCUUGGUCUGAUUUACGUAGAUUUUUUGUUAAUACUCAACAACAACAACAACAACAGCAGCAGCAGCAGCAGCAACACCAACAACAACAACAACAACAAGAAAUAUCACCUACAACAUCACAACAUUCACAAGAAUCAGAUACAUUUGCUAAUCAAUUUAAACAAGAUAUAGGAGGAAAAUAUGGGACAUGGGGUAAAUAUAUUGGAAAAGGUGCUGGUGGAUCAGUUCGUCUUAUACGACGUUCGUCUGAUCAAAAGACAUUCGCUGUUAAACAGUUUCGAAAACGUUUUCCACAUGAAUCUGAAAAAGAUUAUAUAAAAAAGGUAACAGCUGAGUUCUGUAUUGGUUCUACUUUACAUCAUCCAAAUAUUAUUGAAACAUUGGAUAUCAUUCAAGAAGGUGCUCAAUUCUUUGAAAUCAUGGAAUAUGCCCCAAACGACUUAUUUAAUGUGGUAAUGAGUGGAAUGAUGUCAAGAGAAGAGAUUGCUUGUUGUUGGAGACAACUAUUAAAUGGUGUAGAAUAUUUACAAUCAAUGGGUAUUGCACAUCGUGAUAUAAAGUUAGAUAAUUUAGUAUUAGAUCAUCUUGGAAUAUUAAAGAUUAUUGACUUUGGUUGUUCAACUGUUUACAAAUACCCAUUUGAAAAUAGCAUUACUUUAACAAAAGGUGUUUAUGGUUCAGAUCCUUAUAUUGCUCCAGAACAAUAUAUUCAACCUGCUUAUGAUCCACGCCUUUCAGAUAUUUGGUCUUGUGGUAUUGUCUUUAUCUGCAUGACAAUUCGUCGUUUCCCCUGGAGAAUCCCACGUUUAACGGACCCAUCUUUUAAAGCUUACGCUACUAACCAACAUCAACAACAAUUUAGGCUUCUUAAAUUGCUACCACGUGAAUCAAGGCCUGUGUUAGCUGGUAUUUUAGAGAUUGACCCUAAACGAAGAUAUAAUUUAGAAACUAUAUUGGCUGAUAAAUGGGUUCAAUCCAUUGAUGUUUGUGGUGUACAUGAAGCAGGUAAACAGCAUGUUCAUCAUGUAAUGUCACCUUCUUCUGGAGGACGUGAUAAUUUGGUAAAUAUCACUCAGGAACCACCUGGUGUUGUAGCUGAAAAAGAAAAGAAGAAAAAGAGAAUGAGUCGUUCAUCAAUUAUACCAAACAAUAAUAAUGUCUAUGUUAAUAAGAACUCUUCUGCUUAA